AUGUCCGACCACGCCGCCAAAACGAGCGACCACUACACCUCCUUCUUCGCCCGCGCCCACCCGCUAACGAUCGAACACACCACCGCCGCGAGCUACCUCAACGACCUCAAGGGCCGCGUGAACAGCGUGCUCGCGGGCGUGUUCGAGGGGGAGACUACCUGGUGGCCCAUGAAGGACUACGAGCGCCCGCUGGAGGAGGGCGAGGUGCGGCUACGGUGGAAUUCGGCGGCGGGCGAACAGAAGUGCUGCGGCACCGAGCUGACGUGGAUAGUGCCGGAGAGGUAUGUGGAGAAGUAUCAGCAGUGGCUGGAGGACGUGAGUGAGCCGACGUCGCCGGCGUUUGCGGGUGCGGAGGGAGGAUGCGGGUAG